AUGAAAAGAGAGCUGGAGAUCGAGCCCGUGGUACUGGAAGAUUACCUCUCAGCGGAACAGCUGCAUCAGUUGUCCAAACUCAUUUCUGGGCCUGCUGUAGACCCUGAUUUGGUCCACAAUUGGCAUUUCCAGUACGUCGUGGGCUGGCUCGAAAUCGUGUGCGACACAAGCUAUACAGCAGACCAGGGCAAAGCUUUUUUCUCGGGAAUCGCGUUCGAUGAAAAACUACUGCUCCAGGACUUGCAUGCGUAUUACGAUGACAGUCUGUACACGCAAAUUCGGAGUCGCAUUUUAAAAACUGUGACUCAGAAUAAGACUAUCCAGCUAAAAGAAUGGGACGUGGCCGUCAAAUACAAUCUAGCGCAGCGAGACGCUGUGCCGUGGUAUUCACAGGACUCAGACGUGCGAUUUGCAGAUCUUAGUUUGCAACAGCAAUUCGAAAUUUUAUACGCGUGCAUCAAAUUCAUCGAACGGCGGAACCAGGGCUUUAGAAUGUACCUAGGAUCGCAUUUACCGCUGUUUCAAUUCCCAGAGUGUGUGCUAGAAGACCGUAUCUCGCUGCUGGUUCUGCCCGGCGGUAAAAUUAUAGAAAAGAAAAUGGUUGCUACCGAAAGUGCUGAGCUGCGGGUUCCCAUAAAAUUCAAGAACUGUUCAGUGCGGUACGAAGACGAAAGCAGCGUGGAAGUGGUUCAAUUGGACUUUGGGCCCGACAUUGAGGAUUUUUUGGCACAUAUCUCUCUCCAAUUUACUGUUGUGGCCGGGACAUGGGAAGAAUAUCUGGAAUAUUUGAACCAAACUACAGAUGCCGGAUUACAGGACUUUUUAGCGCAGCAGUUGCCGGUGAUUGUCGAAGUGGAACUGAACGGACGUCGUCUUUUGGCGAACCGAGAGCGGGAUCGGUCAAUGGCAGAACUGCUGGUGAGACGUAAACGGUCGUCGAGACUGGUAGCACGAGAAGAAGACACUCGACGUCGCGAUUUAGAGGCACGGUGGUUGGAAAAGCUGGACGAGCGCGACCAAUACUUAAGAACACGCCAACGGGCCGUUGCCAAAGUGAGCAAAGCCAUCAAAGAUUCGAUGUGGCCGCAACUGUGGGAGAAAUUUGAACAGGACGUUAGAGUGGAAAAGCUCAGACGCAGAACCACGGACACAGCUGAGUACGAUGUACAAAUGGCCGCAGUGGACGCACAAGUGCUGGAGAAUGGAGAGAGGUUCCAAAAACGCUUGAUCGAAAUCGAUGCGCCUGUUGCAGGCACUUUGGAAGCCACUUCGUUGGAGCUGCCGGACAAGCUGGUGAUCUCGCAGGAGGAGUUGCAAGAGCUGGCGAAUCAUGGCGUGUCUGUGGCCGAUUAUAGCCCGGACUCGCAGGACUGGGUGUUCCAGUGUCCUUGCAACGUGGUUAGUGGUGUGAAUCUAAAUGACAACGAUGCGGUAAAGCAGCACACGCUGGUGUGCUGCGACAUGUGUUUGCGGUGGCAGCACCUAGAGUGUCAACACGACGAAUGGAUUGCGCUGCUGGGCGAGGCACGGCAGAGACCGUUGAACAAGAGAGACUUUGCCACGGCCACGCUGGGAGGCAUGGAGCGCAGCCAAAGACGCAGUGCACGUCGGGCAGAGACCGAGUCGCCCGCAUCUGCACAACGGCCCUCAACGGCUAGCAAUGCGCCCAGUUCGCUUCCAGAGACGUUCGUGUGCGGGUGGUGCAUGCAAUCGUUAGAGGACGAGCUGCGUGGGGUGUUUAAACGCGAGUUGAGCGAGACACGAGCCGAACAGCGCAGGAUACAUGAGGAACGCGAACGACGCAAACGGGCCAAAGAAGAGCGUAAGAUACAAGCCGCAGCCGCAACCAGUGCGAAGUCCUUGAGUUCCCAGCCCAAGCCUUCAAAGACUCAGGCCAAGCCCUCGAACGCUCCACCCACCAGGUCUCCAGCCAAACCACGCAAAGACGUCCAGGCUCCAGUUGUGCUGUGCACCGUGGUGCUUCCGUCACAACUGUAG